AUGUCUUGGCUCUGGGACUGGUUUUCUGGUGUACUAAAUUUUUUGGGAUUGGCAAAGAAAUCAGGAAAGCUUGUCUUUUUAGGACUUGAUAAUGCUGGUAAAACAACUCUUCUUCACAUGUUAAAAGAUGAUAGGAUUGCUCAACAUGUUCCAACGUUACAUCCAACAUCAGAAGAAUUAUCUUUAGGUGGCAUUAAAUUUACAACAUUUGAUUUAGGAGGUCAUGCACAAGCACGUCGUGUAUGGAAGGAUUAUUUCCCAGCUGUGGAUGCAAUUGUAUUUUUAGUUGAUUGUGCAGAUCAAGAACGAAUUGUUGAGUCUCGUGAAGAGUUACUUAGUCUAAUGAGAGAUGAACAGAUAUCUGAAUGUCCUAUUCUUAUUCUUGGAAAUAAAAUUGAUAAACCAAAUGCACUUAGUGAAGACUACUUGAAAUAUCAUUUGGGAAUUACACAAAUGACUACAGGUAAAGGAAUUAUUUCAAAGUCAGAUUUAGCUACAAGACCAUGUGAAGUUUUUAUGUGUUCAGUUUUAAAAAGACAAGGAUAUGGCGAGGGAUUUAGAUGGCUUGCUCAGUAUUUAGACUAA